AUGAUCCUCUUCGUCCUCCUCCUUUACUAUAACCUUCGCUCCCACAAGCGUCAGGUCAAGAGAAAGGUCCUCGUCCUCGCCCUGCUCACUGAUGUCUUCCUCUGGCUCUCCAUGUUCGCUCACGAGGACAGUGACGUGGGGAGGUUAAGGGAAAGGGUGGUAGGGGUCCCGCUGGGGUGGGUGAGGAUGGGAUGGGGGCAUUUGGUAGACACGUGCGAGGAGUGGGACUGGGAGGAGAAGAUAGAGAGGGUGCAUACGUUGGCUGAGCGUGCGGGGGAACAGGGUGCGGAUCUUUGGCGGAAAGGUCGGAAACAGAUUGCUCCUGCUUCGGCCAGCAUUGGCGGUGGGUUACGCUCGAUCCGUGCCCUGAUCAAGGAAGCAUGGGCCGUGGUGAGUGCGGCGUCACACUAUCUCUGGAGCCUGCUGCCUUGGAAGGCCAUAGGCGAGUGGUUCUCGGCUACGUUGAGGGAUUCUUGGACGGGAUUGCAAAGUUGGGGGGCGAGUUUGCAACAGCUGUGGCAGCCAUCUGUGUUCCGGGUCAUGGAGGCUUGUGGAGUAUCUUACCGGGGCGCUAUGACGGGGAUGAUGUUGUUCAUUUUGCUUGGACUCGUUCUCAUUGCCAUUUUUAUCGUCGCUCUUGUUGCAGGACUCAAGGGUUUGAGGUGGGGGUUGAGGAGGACGAAGGGUAUGCUGGUGCGAGCCGCGAGACAUAUCUGGCAGAACUUAGAGUGGUUCGUGCUUGGUUCAUGUGGGCUGGUCGGCGCCUUCUGGGUUUUGCAGUCUUUCAUUGAAGACCGCAACAAGCGAGACGAGUGGGAAACAAAGAACUUUGGCCGCUAA